AUGAAACUACCACCAUUCCCUCGCAAACCCAAACUACCACCAUUCACCCACCAAACUACCACCUUCCCACCCAAAAACUACCACCAUUCCCACCCCAAACUACCACCAUUCCCUCACAAACUCACAAACCACCACCCUACACCAACAAAUACCACCAUUUACCACCAUUCCCACCUAAAACCACCAUUCACCAUUCCCUCACAAACCAAUCCAAACUCCACCAUUCCAAACUACCACCAUUCCCACCCAAACUACCACCAUUCCCACCCGCCCACCCAGACAACCACCAUUCCCUCACAAACUACCACCAUUCCCUCACAAACUACCACCAUUCCCUCACAAACUACCACCAUUCCCUCACAAACUACCACCAUUCCACCCAACUACCACCAUUCCCACCCAAACUACCAACCAUUCCCUCACAAACUACCACCAUUCCCACCCAAACUACCACCAUUCCCCACAACCACCAUUUCCCUCUACCACCAUUCCCACCCAACCACCAUUCCCUCACCAACCCCAUUCCCACCCAACUACACCAUUCCCUCCCAAACCACCAUUCCCACCCAAACUACCACCAUUCCCACCCAAACUACCACCAUUCCCACCCAAACAACCACCAUUCCCUCCCAAACUGCCACCAUUCCCACCCAAACUACCACCAUUCCCACCCAAACUACCACCAUUCCCCCCAGACAUUCACCAACUCCACAUUCCCUCCCAAAACUGCCAACCAUUUCUACCCACCCCAACGCACCACCAUUCCCAUCCAAACUAAACCACCAUUCCCUCACCAAAACUACACCAUUCCCUCCAACUGCCACCAUAACGCCACUCCGCCAAACUACCACAUUUACCCACCUUACAAACUACAAACCAUUCCCUAUAUGUGUUUGUUACCGCCAAACUCCAAAACUACCACCAUAUUCCUCACAAACCCUCACCACCAUUAACCCCUCACAAACUAACCACACCAUUCCCUACAAACAACAACCAAAUAUCCCACCCAAACUAACAACCAUUACACCGCCCAAACUACCAACCAAUUCCCUCACACAACUACCACGCAUUACUCCUCACAAAAACUACCACGCAUCCCACAUCACAAACUACCACCAUCAUACCCCACAAACAUACCAACCUAUUCCCACAAACAGACUACAACCAUUCCUACCCAAACUACCACGACCAUAUACCCACCCAAAACUUACCACCAUUCCCAUCACAAACUACCACCAUAUCCCCACCCAAAACUACCACGCAAUAUCCCACCAAACUAACACACCAUUAACCCUACCCCAAACUACCACCAAUUCCCACCAACUACCACCAUUACCCAACCAAACUAUACCACCAUUCCACUCACACUACCACCCAUAUCCCUCACAAAAGCUACCAAACCAUUACCCUCACAAACUAACACACAUUACCCCACAACCACUACCACCAUUAACCCACACACAAACUGACCACCAUUCCCAUCCAAACUGCCACCAAUAUCCCACCAAACUACCAAACCAAUUAUAA